UCGUACAAGUGGACUCGCCUUGGUGUAAAAGUUGUUUUCAUGAAAAAUAGAAACAAGCGAUUUUUCGCUGGAAAUUGUUAAAUAUAGCAACUAAACUAAAAUUUCUAAUACUUAAAGAACUUUCCGUAACAUGGACUCGAAAAAUUCCGCCCUAGGAAGUCCAAGUUUGAGUCAAUACUUCGUUGAUGACCCGCCGAGCUUUUUUGAUGAACUGGCAAAUAAGACAGCACACAAGGAAAAUGAGCCAGCUGCCAGUAACUCAACACCCGUACCACCACCACGCACAAACCAAAAGCCACAACCGGCGCCCAGUAAUUUAACAGCAAAUACCUUUAGUGGCGCUUUCAAAGCACCUGAAUAUGUAGAAAAUCCUACAGAUGGCGAGGACGAUCUUAAAGUAUCCGAUUAUGUACGUAAUUUUUGGGAGCCAGCAUCUUGCGAGUUUGGCGGCACACGUCCUCCAUUGCUAACUACACCAGGCAUACAAACCCCAAACGAUUUGCCUGACCUUAUUGCAGAGGCAGUUGUGAAACAUUUAGGCGAAGCGGAGUUGGCGGAGCGCAAAAUUCUCGGUGUGGACAAUGUCACACAAGAUGAGCGUGGCAUACGUACAUUGAUCAGUGCUGGUUGUUACCGCUCUGCAGUGAAUCUAACUGGGCGUUUACUGACUAUCUACGGUCAAGGAUAUGGUCGAGCCGGACAACCGGCUAAACAUUCACCACACUCACUGCAAUUAUGGUUCACACGACUGGCGCUUUUGGCUAAAUUGGGUGAAAUGGAGCUGCUACAGACUGAAGCAGAGCCAUUUGAUCAGCUCAAUCGUCCUGAUGUAUACUAUGAGUUUUAUCCAGAAAUGUAUAAUGGCAAAAGUGGCUCAAUCGCUUGCUUCUCUUUUCGUUUGCUACUCGCCGAGUUGCCCAUUUAUUUGGGCAAUCCACAUUUGGGCUUGGAUCGUCUCUCAGAGCUUUACGUGAUAUGUAAUGAAAUAAAAAAAUAUUUUAGUGGACGGGAGCCGAAAGAAGCGGCACAAUUUUGGUGUCGACGUGAGAUACGCGUACUGCAUUCCAUAGUGAAUUGCGCGUUGAUAAUGAAAAAAUUUAAUUUGAUUGACGAUAUCAUACGUGGUAUGAUACUCGAAAGCACCGAUUUAAACAAAGAAGAACGUCGUGCUUUGUACUCUGCUUGGGGACGCAUUUAUCUGCAAAUUGGUGACAUUUUUGGUGCUGAGCAAAAAUUUGCAGAGGCUCGUCGUAUGCGUGAAAUAAACUCCACACCCGAUCUACGUGACUUGGUUGACAAAGGGCUAAUUACUGUGGCUGAAAAUGAUUUUCGUGGCGCUUAUACCAUUUUUCAAAAAGCAUUGCAUUUGGAAUCUGGCAACACAAUGAUACUCAACAACAUGGGCGUCUGUUUGCUUUACGAGGGAAAAUUAAAGGAUGCUAUAAAACUAUUCGAACACGCCAUCAAUUUGAAUCCACAAAAAUCACUCAAUGAAAGUUUAUUAGUAAAUUUGUCUACACUUUAUGAACUAGAAUCGAAUAACUCAAAACAUAAGAAACUAAAUUUGCUGCGAUUAAUCAAUAAAUACAAACCUGAUUUAAAUAUUAGUUUAGAAAUUUGUUUAAAACUACAAACCACAAAUUGAUACGAUGCAUCCGGUAAAGAACUUAAAAUAUUUUUAUAAAAUCAGGAGUUGCAUUAUGUAUGAUUUAAAAUAUUUUAAAAACGAAAAGACAAAGAGGAAAGAAAAAAAGUAUUUGUUUGGCUUUAAGUGUUUUGCUUUCAGUUAAAAAAUUUCCCUCCAUUAAUUAAUUGAUAUAGCUAUUUAUUGUAUGAUAAUAAUA